AUUGGCCCUCUUCUGUCCACAGCUGGGACAACCUACAUCUUCGGGAGAGGAGGAGCCCUCAUCACAUACACCUGGCCCCCCAAUGACCGGCCGAGCACGCGGGCAGACCGGCUGGCGGUGGGAUUCAGCACACAGCUCAAGGAGGCCGUGCUGGUCAGGGUGGAGAGCGCAGAGGGACUGGGAGACUACCUGGAGCUGCACAUAGAACGAGGAAGGAUCGGCGUCAUCUUCAACGUGGGAACGGACGACAUCGUCAUCGAGGAGAGCGCGGUGAUGGUGAGCGACGGCAAAUACCACGUGGUGCGCUUCACGCGCAGCGGCGGCAACGCUACCCUGCAGGUGGACAGCCAGCCCGUCAUCGAACGCUUCCCCACAGGGAACUUUGAUAAUGAACGCCUGGCUAUUGCUAGACAAAGAAUCCCAUACCGACUUGGUCGGGUAGUUGACGAGUGGCUACUCGACAAAGGUCGACAGUUGACCAUCUUCAACAGCCAGGCGUUCAUCAAGAUCGGUGGUGGUGGCGGCGACAAGGCCCGUCACUUCCAGGGCCAGAUCUCGGGCCUCUACUACAACGGGCUGCAGGUGCUCAAGCUGGCAGCCGAGGGCGACCCCAAUGUGCAGGCCAAGGGCAACCUGCGGCUAGUGGGCGACGUGCCCUCGGUGCUCACCACGGACACCACCAGCACCACGCCGCUGGCCGACAUGUCCACCACCAUCAUGGAGACAACCACGACCAUGGCUACCACCACCACCCGCAAGCAGCGUUCACCCACCAUGAGGGACAGUGUCACACAGAACACGGAUGAUCUGUUGGUAGCAUCUGCUGAGUGUCCCAGCGAUGACGAGGACUUGGAGGAGUGCGAGCCUGGAAAUGGAGGUGAAUUAGUGUUGCCCAUAAUAACGGUGGACUCCCUAGACCCCCCAUCCAUCGCCACCCGCUACCCUGUAAUCCCCCCGCCCCCCACCUACCGGCCCCUCCUACCCUUCCUUGAAACUACCAAAGAGUCCCUCCCCCUGCCCAACGGUCGCCCCCCCUGCCCACUGGACCAGGAGGACUGCGAGGAGGCGGGACCCAUCGAGGUGUCCGCCUACGGCUCGGGUGAGAUGACCGAGUCGGACGACGAGGACUAUUACAAAAACUCCCCCCUCGUCACCGACAGGACGGUCCUCCCCCCUCCCCCCAACGAGGGUGGCAUCCAUAAUCCCCACGACCGUCACUUCUCCCACCGGCCCCCCAACUCCCACCGCCCCCCUCUGUCCUCCACCCCCACAGCCAACCCCAACCAGCUAGGCCCCAGGCUCAACAAGCCCGGCGGCAGCAGCAGCAAAAACCCCGCUGGCAAGAUGAACACCCGGGACCAGGUGCUGCUGCCGCCCGCCCACCCCUCCUCAGACCCUGACCGCCACCGCCACGUCCCAGGCGUAACCUACCCUCCCAAUUUCCCCCAUGUGCCCACCCCAGACCCCACCUCCCCAGAGAGAGGAGGGCCUCCCGGCGCAGUAGAAGUAAUCAGGGAGUCCAGCAGCACCACGGGCAUGGUGGUGGGCAUCGUGGCGGCCGCUGCCCUCUGCAUCCUCAUCCUGCUCUACGCCAUGUACAAGUACCGUAACCGGGACGAGGGCUCCUACCAGGUAGACCAGAGCCGAAACUACAUCAGUAACUCGGCCACUCAGAGCAACGGCACACUGGUGAAGGAGAAACAGCCGGGCACAGCCAAGACAACCACCAAGAACAAGAAGAACAAAGACAAGGAGUACUACGUCUGAGACCGGCCUAGCCAGAGACAGAGGACAAAAGGAGACGCACAGAGAGAGAGGAAGGGAGGGGGAGAGAGGAGAGGGGAGAGAUGGAGGUAGAGGAAGGAGAAAGGUAAGGCAGUAUAUGAACUGACAACUGUAAAGUAAUUAGCAAAAUCUUUGUGGGCAGAGUUUCAUUUUGUUUAGUGUGUAGGUUACAUUGCCGCCAAAAUGACCUCCUCGCUUUCCUCUUUAACCCAUUUAGAGCCUAAAGCAAAGGGAGAAAGGAUGGGAUUGGCACAGAAACGUUUUAAACGACUUAAUCAGAUCGACACAUAGUCCCACAACUAUUCAAAAUAUUCUUGGUAUUUUUCUUCAAUACAGUAAUACUCUUUCGCACUUAGCCUCAUAACAUUUUCUUUGAGAACACAAACAGACAAAGUCUUGAUUACAAUGGCCGCCAAACCUCGCUCAAUACAAUAUAAUUUUGUGCCAACAGCCAUACCCAGAGCUAAUGCUACAACGGAGCUAGGUAGUCCAGCACCAUUGAAAGGGUAUUGUAUUGUAAAUAGCCUACGAUCAGAGUUUAAGCAUGGUGAUUGACUAUAGAGAGACACAGGGAAGGAAGAACCACCAUCAGUGUUUGAGCAUAGACCUAUUCAUCGGUAUCAGAGGUUAAGUGUAUUGAUUCUAUCUACUAGAUGGGUUUGUAUUGGAAGUUCAAACCCCACUGCUAGCCAAGUACAUUAAUACCAAAAUACUGCCAAACAUACAGAAACUAGGUGUCAAAUCUGCCUCCUUCCCUCAUCUAAGUAUUCAAACAUCACCUCACUUGUCUCUCGUGAAGUCUCUCCCUCUUUCUCUCCCUCCUCCUCUCACUCGUGAGCAUCUUUUUUCUGUCCCUGUCUAUGGUCCUGAGGAGCUGAUGCAACAUUAUUCUGCUAUGUUUCAAGCAUGUAGUAGUCAUUUCCGAAAAAAGAGAAACUUUCUGUGGGAGAAAACACAAAAAAAUGACGAUGAUAACUAGCAAACCACGUGUGAGAACAACACCUUGAACCAACCAACGGAUGCUACGUAUUACGUUUUAGCCGCCAAAACAACUACUGAGGCCAAAACCCUGGGUCGUCUUUCAGUUCUCCAGCAGAUAUCCGUAAUGUGUUUUUCUUGGGGGCUCCACACGGCAUUUCCCCCUACUGAGCCCACUACCGCAGAGGAUGUGGCUCACCUCGUUACAGUCCUAUCACACACAAACCAGAAACCAACCUCCAGCAGACAACCUGACUUUGUUCUAUAUAAAUAUAUAUAUGUAUAGACGUUUCAGAGAAGAAAAAACCUAUGGACCUAACUGAGAGUGUGUCAUAAGAGGAGAAAUGCACCCUAAUGCGCGUGCAUCAGUGGACUCGGUGAUAGAUAACGAAGAUGAUGGACAAUUGAUACUUGACGUGAGACCGAUAUCCCCCACCAAUCCCCUUAAUCAUGCACACUAUGACCAACAUUCAACGACAGUGGGAAACGCAGUCCCACUACGGUGGAGAUUAAAAGGAAGAGUGGGACGGUGUUUUUUUUGUUUGCUGUUUUUGUUUUUUGUUUCCUUCCCUGAAAAAAUGAGAGACAUUUGAUGGAAAUUGUGAAUUAAUUUGCUGGAGUCCCACUGUCGCCCCCUAGUGUUGGGGGGAACGCGUACGCUACCUUGGAUCUGCGUUCUUACCUCUCAUUGGUCAAGACUGAUGACAGCCAAUGAGGGCAAGCCCAGUGAAAAACGUUAAAUGGAAAAAACACAGAACAAGGCGAACAGCAAGUUCACUUGCUGAUGUACAACAAGAACUCUGGUAUUCCAAUUUUCUCAACUCUAUUAAAAAAGAAAACUGUACCAUGAAAAGAAAAGAAAAACCUUUAAAAAAAGUUUGUGAAAUGUCUAAAUAUUUGAAUCUCUCAUCCCAUUACUAAGAAAAUGUGUUUUCCCUAUUACCAUUCCUGUUCGGAGAAAAAAAUAUGACAAAGAUAAUCAAUUCUGGGAAAUUUCAAAUGUAUAUGUUAUUUUUUUGGUAAUUAAGCAAAUGUGAUUUGGGUUACAAACGUUAAACCUCUCCUCCAUCCCUCCUACUGCCAUCUCAAUCCAUUCUUGUCCCACGUUCAUCCCUUCAUCUCUCCAUAUCUCAUCCCCUUUUCUCACAAUGGCAGAUUGUAGGUAACCAUUUAACUGAAGACCACACAUGGUCUCAUCCAUCCUCUCUUUUCUAUUUUCUAUUGUUUUAUAUCUAUCUAUAACUGCUAGAGUCAAAAUGGCCGCCAUGUCUGGAGAAUGGCUCCAUCCCACCCAUCCUUUUUCCUCAUCCAGUUUGUCCGGUUUCUCUUUCAAUCCAUUGCAAAAAGAACCAUCCUCCUCCCAGUAUCUUCCUGUUCUUUCUAAAUGUUAUUGUAAAGUGUUCCAGUGAGAUUACUCUAAAUAUGUGUACAUUAACAGAGGGGAAUACACUUGGUUAUAUACUUCUUCUA